AUGGGGACAGGGAGCAAAGAGUUUGAAAGGCUGGAGGCCGGCCGCAGUCGACCUUUCCCAGGUUCCCCGUGCCCUGGGGGUGGGGCCUCGCUCCCCGGAAGCGCCCGGUCAUCCUGCGCUCCCUCUUCCGCCCAGUGGUUGCUAGGCUACCGGGGCGCUAGCAGCAGAAAACCUUGGCAGGCGAGCACCGCUAUCGUGUUCUUUGCGGGCUGCGCGGUUGGGCCGCUGUCCCUGCAAUGGCUUUUCCUUUCACAGACUCUUCCUGAUCCCUAUGAAGACUUUAUGUACCAUCAUCUUCAAUACUAUGGCUACUUUAAAGCUCAGAGAGGUAGUUUACCAAGCUCAGCUACGCACCAGCACGAUUGGAAGAAUAAUCCUCGAUACCUGUUGAGUGGCUCUUUUGGAGAAAGAGAGGAUAUGAUACCAGACCCUCUGCAAAAGGAGAAGCUUCUAUGGCCCGCCUGUGUACCGUCACUCGUGCGCAGUCAGACAGAAGCUGUGAGCAGAGAUACCCUUAUGCUUCGUUCACCACUUAAGAGCAGGCAGCUUCUUCACGAUGAUUUUGGCAAAGUCAACCCAUGUCUUCGAGAACCCCGAGAUCUCUUUGCCUUCUUCUCGAGUGGCGGGCUGCUGCAGGCUCCGAGGUGGCCGAUAGAAUGUGAGGUCAUCAAGGAAGACCUUCAUCAUAUUGAAUGGGUUCCACCUCACCCAGAAUAUUUCUAUCAACCUACAGGAAAUGAAAAGUUACCAGAAAUUGUAGGAGAAGAAAAAGGCACAGUUGUCUUUCAAUUAGAUUCAGUGCCCACCGAAGGCUCCUAUUUCACCAGCUCCAGAGUGGGAGGCAAGCGAGGGAUCAUCAGGGAGCUUGCUGUCAAGCUGCAAGGGCCCGAGGACAAUACUCUCCUGUUUGAGUCAAGGUUUGAGAGCGGGAAUCUGCAGAAAGCUGUCAGAGUAGAUACCUAUGAGUAUGAACUCACCUUGCGAACUGACCUAUACACAAACAAACACACUCAGUGGUUUUAUUUUCGAGUGCAGAACACUAGAAAAGAUGCCACUUACCGCUUCACCAUUGUCAACUUGCUAAAACCCAAGAGCCUUUAUACUAUAGGGAUGAAGCCACUCAUGUACUCCCAAUUGGAUGCCAACACCCACAACAUCGGCUGGAGGAGGGAAGGAAAUGAAAUCAGGUACUAUAAGAACAACAGGGACGAUGGGCAGCAGCACUUUUACUGUCUCACGUGGACCGUUCGGUUCCCACAUGACCAGGACACUUGCUUCUUCGCUCACUUCUACCCAUAUACGUACACUGAUUUGCAGUGCUACCUGCUGUCAGUGGCAAACAACCCUGUCCAGUCUCAGUUCUGCAAACUCCGAACUUUAUGCAGGAGCCUAGCAGGAAAUAUCGUCUACCUGCUCACCAUCACCAACCCAUCCCGGACCCCUCAAGAGGCAGCUGCAAAGAAAGCUGUGGUCUUGAGUGCCAGGGUCCACCCUGGAGAAAGUAAUGGCUCCUGGGUCAUGAAAGGCUUUUUGGACUUCAUCCUCAGCAACUCUCCAGAUGCCCAGCUCCUCAGAGAUAUCUUUGUCUUCAAAGUGGUUCCUAUGUUAAAUCCAGAUGGCGUGAUCGUGGGGAAUUACCGGUGUUCCUUGGCUGGAAGGGACUUGAACAGACAUUAUAAAACCAUUCUGAAGGAGUCUUUCCCUUGCAUCUGGUACACCAGGAACAUGAUCAAAAGACUUCUUGAAGAAAGGGAGGUUCUCAUGUACUGUGAUUUCCACGGCCACAGCCGUAAGAAUAAUAUCUUCUUGUAUGGCUGUAAUAACAAUGAUCGCAAGUACUGGCUUCAUGAGCGAGUCUUUCCUUUAAUGUUAAGCAAAAAUGCACCAGAUAAGUUCUCUUUUCAUAGUUGUAAUUUUAAGGUCCAAAAGUGCAAAGAAGGGACGGGGCGAGUUGUAAUGUGGCGGAUGGGAAUCCUGAACAGCUACACCAUGGAAUCUACUUUUGGGGGGUCCACCCUGGGCAAUAAAAGAGAUACUCACUUUACUACUGAGGAUCUGAAGUCUCUAGGUUAUCAUGUUUGUGACACCCUUCUGGAUUUCUGUGAUCCUGACCGAACCAAGUUCAUGCAGUGUCUAGCAGAGCUUAAAGAGCUCUUACAACAAGAAAUCCAUAAGAAAUUCAAUGAACUUGGACAAGAUAUGGAUUUAGAAGGAAGUUGGAGUGACAUCUCUUUGUCUGACAUUGAAUCCAGCACCAGUGGUUCUGAUAGUUCCCUCUCAGAAGGUCUCCCUGUUCACCUACUGAACAUAGCAGAGGAGUUGAAUCAAAAGAAGAAGAUGUCUAAGAAGAAAAAAAAGAAGCCGCUUCAGACUAGGAGACAGCGAAAUGAGCAGCAUCAGAAAAAUAAUUUGAUGCAGGAGUUAAAGUCCUUCCAGGAAAGGGCAGGGUUUGCUUCUACUCUGCAAAAACAGCCUGCCUUUUUCAGAAAUUCAGAGAAUGCCAGUUCUUCAGUGAUGAGAAAUGAAAAACCAAGGUUGAAUGAGUUACAUGGAAGAGACAAAGGCACCUUGCUGGACCCAUCAAAAAUGACCUCCUUGAUUCUGACUAAGAAUAAAGAGAGAAUUCAGACAGAGAAGCCAAGAUCCACAGUGUCAUGCUUUCCCAAGAGAAGCACAAACUCCAGCCAAGAGCCGGCUCCAGACAUGAAGCCAAACUGGUCCAGGAACAGAUAUCCUGCCACAAAGAGAGACCGCGCCACCAUGACGGUGUACCCGUCCUUGCACGUAUACACGUACCCGUAAGGGGGCCCUGGCCGUCAUCGGCAUGUCGUCGGCACGUUGGGGCUAGACGCAUUUUGUAACCAGGGGAGUUGUGUGAUUGGGAGCUGUGUUGUACGCUCAUGGUGCACUGACCUUACACUCUGUGGUUACAUUGCGUGUGUGCCCUCAGGACUCCUACCUCAUGAAUCAGAUUAUUUUUUCAUAAAGUGAAAUUUUAUUAUGAUAUAUAGAAGCGCUUCCUCUAUCAGAAAUUGAAGUGUGUGCUCAUGCACCCACAGCACAGAUAUACCUCACUCUAACCAACAGAUAUUCCUCCUAAAAUUAUGUGCAAAUUAAUGGUAAGAGCUAUUCUUAACUUAUUCCAAUUCUAUUUUAAACCUAUUCUGGGGGUGUGCUAUGUUUAAAAAGUCUUGUGUCAAGGCUUUCUAGCAAUGAAGGGUCCGGCUGUGAGUAUCAGGUUGGCUCAUGGGGAGGUGUAACCACACAGAACAAUUCGUGUAUUUGCCAGAAUUUAGUCUUACAUAUAUUAUGUUCUACAUGGUCACGUAUGUUUUUAACCCAUUGAUUAAAAUUCUUUCUCUCUAA